AUCGUCUCUGGUACGGUUUUACAUUUUAUGUUCUUCUCCACAUAUCCGAUACCGAGUACCGACGAUACGACAAAGAAACUUCGAGAUUUUUAUUGAACAAAUCUCAAAAUGACUGAGCUUGUUCACUGUUACAACAAAGGAUGUGGUCAAAAAUUUGAUCUAGCAAAUAACAAAGAAGAUAGCUGUACAUUUCAUCCGGGACAACCAGUGUUCCAUGAUGCUCUGAAAGGGUGGUCCUGCUGUAAAAAAAGAAGCACUGAUUUCACAGAAUUCCUCAACACUCCAGGUUGCUCUAAGGGCUGUCACACCAAUGUCAAACCACCAGAACCAGUCAAGGAAGAAAAAAAACUAGAUAACAAAGAUGAUGUGAUUGAGGUGAAGAUGCCAGAGCCCAAAAAGCCCCGGGACCCCUCAGCCAGACCGCCAUUAGAUGAACCCCUCGCCCCAUUAAAAGUUAACAUCGCUCCGACACUCAAACAGGCCCUGGAGAAACACAUGGAUAACCUCAGUCUACAAACAGCUGAAGAUAAAACCGACUCAAAAGAAGUGAAAGUUGGCACAUCAUGUAAAAACAAUGGGUGUAAAGGGUGUUACCAACGAGAAGAAAGCAACUCAGAGAGAUGUUUGUAUCACCCAGGGUAUCCAGUUUUUCAUGAGGGCAUGAAGUUUUGGACAUGUUGCAAUAGGAAGACCUCAGAAUUUGACCUGUUUUUAGCCCAGGAAGGCUGUGAAACAGGGCAACAUUUAUGGAUCAAACCUGAAGUUGAGGGGGAGAAGAAGUCGUGUCGAUUUGACUGGCAUCAAACUCCGUCUACUGUAUCCCUGUCUGUGUUUGCCAAAGUUGCAGUUCCUGAAAAAUGUUGUAUAACGACCAACAGAGUGCGCUGCAUUAUUAAAAUUGUAUUUGAGGGAGGAAAUAGUCUCUUUGAGAAAGAUCUAAUAUUAAGAGAAGAAAUAAUUCCAGAGAAGAGCGUAGUGAAAAUGAUGGGAACAAAAGUAGAAAUCAACUUAAAGAAGUUGGAAUCAUUCAGCUGGCCAACUUUAGAGUUUCCGGUGAAUCCAUCCGAGAAUGGCAAGUCGUAACGCUGGGAGGAAUGUAGUUCAAACAGUCAGGAAAGAGAGAUAAAAACUGUGAUACCAGACCAGAUAAAGGUUGCAUUAAGCAUGUUAACCUUCCUUAGAAGAUGCAUGUCAACUCAGGAUAUGAGGACAUGAAGACAAAUUGCCGUCAGUUGCUGAAAAACUUUAGGUUUUUUCUUGAUUUAAAUGUAUUGCAGCAUUGUUUAUUUUCUGUUUCCAAAAGUAAUACAAGAAUUUCUACUGAAUCAGAGAAUUUAGAAAUGUAUAGAUUGAGAUGUUCCUCAGUUCUUUUGAAUGCUAUUAGAUCCAGGAAUUUUAGUUCCAAUGUGUUUACUGUCAUUUUGGUUGGAUUCUGUACUAAAUGAUAAUAAAUCAUUUGUGUAAAGAGCAAUUUAUUUAUUUAUAUAUAUAUUUUUUUUUUUUUUUUUGUAAAAGAAACAAAAAUGAUACAUGUCAUUUAAAACAGAUCUUAUCAUUAAUCUAAGUCCUUUGGUCUGCAAAUUGUAAUCCACACAAUACAUAUAUAAUGAUACUGUUUUUUUAAAUCAAAUAGAUAAACAUGUAUAUGUUUAAAUCAUUGACAUUUUUUUUAAAACAGUACAUGUACAUAAAGAAACCAAAAACUGCCAUAUGAGGGGUUCAUAUUACAACCCCCAUGACAGCACUACAGGAGGACAGGGUCCCUCCUCGUAGUGGGAACUUCUUACAAAAUAGAUGUAUACAAAAAGAUUAUUACAAGUACAAUUAUAUUUGAUAUAGUUGUUGGUGAUCAAUUCAAUAUUUUCAGAAACUAAUAUGGAAGCAUUAAGUAUGCA